GGGGGUUGUCAGCUGGGGCCUCGUGAGCGCUGGCUCUGCUGGGGUUGGCCCAACACUCCGGCCACUCUUUAGAAGCCAGUGCCUGGGUCAGAGCACCUGGGCCUGCCAUCACAAACACUGUGCCAGGUCCUGGAUGUGAGGACACAGGGCAAAUGGUGAGUGGGGAUCCCAGAGACAGUGAAGGAAGCUCCCUGGCCAGGAAGUCUUGAGACACUGCCAGGCUCAGCAAGCCCCUCUCUGGCUGCACGGUGGAGUGGCCUGAGCCUCUAGGUCCCAGGGGAGCCCCAGCAUUAGGGAGAAGCAGAUGGUGACAGACGUGGUCUUGCCAAAUGCCUUCAGAACAGCUCAGAUCACCUCUUGGAACAAGAGAAUGAGCCUCUUUGAGGAGGGCAUUCUGAUUCUCCCUGAUUCACUCUGUGCCUGUGGGACCAGCAGAAAGAGAGGACUUUCGAGCGAAGGACUCCCCCCACACCACCUUGAAGGGUGUCACUCCCGGAACGUGGAUGCCGGCUGCUCACCAGAGGAGGAACUCCACCACUGAGACUGGGGAAGACUGAAGCAAACCAGUCUGCACUAAGGGCAGAUUUAUCUCGGCCACGUGGGAAGCGUCUUCUGCCCCAGGGGCAUGGCCCAAAGGCAGAACUGCCUGCCCGAAGUCUUGGCUCUCAAGAUGCAGCUGGAGUGGGCCCAAGAGGGCAAGAUGUGGCUAGGACUUCUGCUGAUGCUUCUGAUUUGUCCAAGCCUUGAGGGACAAGAAAACUCUUUCACCAUCAACCACGUCUACAUGAAGAUCCUGCCCAGACAGGAGGUGCAGAAUGGGCAGAACCUGACCCUGCAGUGCGUCGUGGACAUCAGCACCACCUCGUACAUCAAGCCUCAGCACUGGGUGCUCUUCUAUAAGAAUGAUGUGCUGUUUCACAAUGUCUCCUCCGUGGAGACCACCGAGAGUUACUUCAUCCCCCAAGCCCGGGUCUAUGAUGCGGGGACAUAUAAAUGCACCGUGAUUCUGAACAACAAGGAGAAAACCACCUCGGAGUACCAGGUGUGGGUGAAAGGAGUGUCUGAUCCCAGAGUGACACUGGACAAGAGAGAGGCAAUAGAAGGCGGGGUCGUGAUGGUCAAUUGUUCGGUCCCCGAGGAAAAGCCCCCAAUACAUUUCACAAUCGAAAAACUCAAACUGAGCACAAACAGUUUCAAGCAAAAAAGAGAGAAAAAAAAAACUUCAUACAACCAGAAUUUUGUGAUGCUGGAAUUCUCAGUGGAGGAACAGGACCGUGUUAUAUACUUCCAGUGCCAAGCCACGAUCUUUUCUGAGAACCGCAUGGAGCACUCGAGAGCCAUCAAGAGUGAACUGGUCACCGUGACGGAAGCCUUCUCUAACCCCAAAUUCCACGUCAGCCCCGAAGGAGUGAUCACAGAAGGAGAUCAGCUUCACAUUAGGUGCACCAUUCAAGUGACGCAUCUGGUCCAAGAGUUUCCGGAAAUCAUAAUCCAGAAGGACAAGGCAAUUGUAGCCUACAAGAGCCAUGGCAACGAGGCCACCUACUCGGUGAUGGCCAUGGUGGAGCACAGCGGCAACUACACGUGCAAAGUGGAAGCCAGCCGGAUAUCCAAGGUCAGCAGCAUCGUGGUCAACAUAACAGAGCUAUUUUCCAAGCCGAAGCUGGAAUCUUCCACCACCCGUCUGGACCAGGGAGAAAGCCUAAACCUGUGGUGCUCCAUUCCAGGAGCACCACCAGGAGCACCACCAGCCAACUUCACCAUCCAGAAAGAAAACACAAUUGUGUCAGAAUCUCCAAAUUUCACCAGGAUCGCCUCAGCGAGGGACAGUGGGACAUAUACCUGCAACGCAAGCAUGGGCAAGGUGGUCAAGAGAAGCAGUGGAGUCCAGAUAACCGUGUGUGAAAUGCUCUCCAAGCCCAGGAUUUUUUAUGACUCCAGCUCCGAGGUGAUAAAAGGACAGACCAUCACAGUCAAUUGCCAAUCCAUAAAUGGAACUCCGCCUAUUUCUUAUCACCUUUUAAAAGCAAAUAACAUUUUGGAGAGCCGUGACAUGAACUCGAAUGAGCCUGCAGUGUUCAAAGACAGCCCAACAAAGGAUGUAGAGUACCAGUGUACUGUGGAUAAUUGCCAUUCCCAUACCGAGAUGGUCAGUGAAGUUCUGCGGGUCAAGGUGAUAGCCCCGGUGGAUGAGGUCAAGCUCUCCAUCCUGCUGAAUCAGGAUGUGGAGUCUGGGAAGGCCGUCGUGCUUCGGUGCUCCGUGAAUGAAGCGUCUGGUCCAAUCACCUUCAGGUUUUACAGAGAAAAAGAGACCAGUCCCUUCUACCAGAUCACCUCAAAUGACACCCAGGCCAUUUGGCACAAGUCGAAGGCUAGCAAGGAGCAUGAGGGACAGUAUUAUUGCACAGCCUCCAACAGAGCCAACCGUGUUAAAAGCAGUCCCCAAAGCAACGUGCUGACAGUCAGAGUCUUUCUUGCCCCAUGGAUAAAAGGACUUAUUGCAGUAUUUGUCAUUGGAGUGAUAAUUGCCAUCUUGGUACUUGGGGCCAGAUGUUAUGUUCUGAAGAAAGCCAAGGCCAAGCAGACGCCAGUGGAGAUGUCCAGGCCAGCAGCACCACUUCUGAACUCCAGCAAUGAGAAGAUGUUGUCAGAUCCCAAUACCGAAGCCAACAGACAUUACGGUUACAAUGAAGAUGUUGGAAACCAUGCAAUGAAACCAAUAAAUGAAAAUAAAGAGCCUCUGACCUUGGAUGUGGAAUACACAGAAGUGGAAGUCACCUCGCCGGAGCCUUACCAAGGUCUGGAAACCAAGGGCACAGAGACGGUGUACAGUGAAAUCCGGAAGGCUAACCCUGAUUUCAUGGAAAACAGAUAUUCUAGAACAGAAGGCUCCCUUGAUGGAACUUAAGGCCACGGGAGCAGACGCUCCCCCCGGGGGGACAUCCACGUUCCCAGACGAGCAGACGAUCCCUGUAUUCCAAGAGCUCUGUGCAUAUAUUUAUGAACCCGCCCUGCUCCCUCCGAACGCAGCAGCCCCAGGCCGAGUCACCUGUUCUCCAGCCAUCUUCCAACCUUUCUGUGGGGCGUGGAGAGAUCCGGAGGGGCUGGUGAAUUCCCACCUGGCCCCCCCUCACCAAGCUGGAGCAUCCUCAGGAGUGGAGAGCUGCAGAAGGGGGUUCAGGGUAAAGAGGCCAUUGGGAUAUUUUGAAACUUGAAUAUUUUAUCUUGUAGAGAGAUAAAGAACUUUUCCCAGUAUCUUCACACCCACAAACCAUUUUUGUUUUGUAGUCGAUCACUUCCAGCGAAUGGCCUGGCUUAGGGGCUAGUUUUUCUCUUUGCCUUUGGUGCUUCAAAGGCCUGUGGUUCUGGGUAGUCCUUGUUCCUUGGAAGGUACACAGCACCGGCCAGCAGCUGCACCCUGUUCCCUCCGUGACCUCGCCUGCCACAAAUGCAAAACCAGAGCUGCCUGGGAGCGACUGUUUGAGAUGCCAGCAUAAAGCUAAGGUCCAUUCUGGGCAAUGCACAAAAUAGAAAAUGACAUUGGACAGAGCACAGAUGUUCUUAAGCUGAUUUUCUAUACCUUUUCUUUCUUUUCCUCUACUAUGCUGAAGGUGCAAGACAGAGGGUGUUGGCCUACAGCAGAUAUUGUUUCUAAUAGAAAAACGAAAUGCAUAUUUUUCUUACUAAUUUUUUUUAUUUAUUCCUUGCUAAAGAAAUAGUCUCCUGAGGUCUUAAGAUAGAGACUUAUGGUCUCUUGGUCUAAGAGAGAGACUGAAGGUGCCUUGAGUGGGUGGGUGAGUAGCUGCGGCCAUUCUGCGGUGGGAUUUCACUAGGGAGCAGACCUAACUGAACCCGGUUCCCCCAACCACCUCAGUGACACAGCUGCAAGGUUUUGUAUUAAAUAAAUUUGAUCUUUACUCUUCACGGACCUGUGAAAUGUUAUCUUCUAAGAAGCCACGUGCACAUAGGAUAUCUGUAGUGUUCGAGGACUCCAGGCCUUCUGAAGUCACAAAGAACCAAGCAGGCCUUAUCAGCUGGUCAUCUCACACGGGCCCAGGACUCUGGUCUUCGUCCGAGGCAGGGCCAGAGGUAGUCCGAGUGUCAAACGGUGAGUCAUUAACAUCCAUUGGCUGGUGCGUCAGUGUUUGCUUCCCAAGCCAAAGCCUGCCAGGCUGUCCCUGGCAGAUGGAGUUGCCAGGUUGAGCAAAAAAAACAACAAAAACCCAAAACAUUCAGGAUGUUCAGUUAGAUUUGAAUCGCAGGUAAACUGAAUGUAUUUUGAGUGUAAGUAUUUCCCAUGUAACUUGUGGGAUGUACUUAUACUGUAAAAGUAUUCAUUUAUCUGAGAUUCAGAUUUAACUAGGCAUCUCAUAUUUUAUCUGGUAACCCUACUGGCAAAGCACCCUCCUACCCCUCUAAGCCAGCCUCAGUGGCCUCAGACCAGACCUCACUGGCCCACAGGCCGGGCCCCCAUCACAGCACCACCCUACUGGGCCUGAAGGCAGAGGGAGCUGCGGAGUGUGUGUCCUGCUCUGCCACGUGACGGCCGCAGAGACGUGAAGGAGCCUCUUAACCUCUGAGCUUCAGGUUCUCCAUCUCCACAGUGAGGAGAGCGGACUGACGGCUCUUAACAUCUGGAGGGUUUAGACUCCUUUGAGAAUAAGAUGAAAGCUGUGGACUCACUCUCUCACACAUACACGCGCGUGUGCACACACACACAAAGUCGUAUCACAAAAAUGUGAUAUAAUUUCCCCGGUUCCAGGACUGUAGACUCAGGUUGGAGGCAAAGGAUGAACUUCAAGUCCGACAGUUGGUGUGUUGAUGAUCUGGGGAGAGCCCAGAGCCACCGUGUCAACUCCUCAGUCCCUGCUGCCACCAGAGCCACUGCCAUGGAAGCUGGGACGACCCUGUUCCUAUUGCUUAUGACUUAUUUAUGGAGCACAAGUGGGUUUUUAAUUGUUUUCCCCCUCUUAUCUACAUUUCUGAGAGGGAAACCACACACACAGGGAUCUUUCACAGUAGAUCAGUAGCUAAAAAUCUAAGUCCAAGAUCCUGGUUCAGUUGUCCUAACCCGAUGGCGUAACCAAGCGUCUGAGCCAGAGCUCCUCACUGAAGAAGAGCAUCGGUCUCCCUUCCCAGAAGAGUCUCGUUCUCCUCGGCGGUCAGAGCUCCCUCUCGUGUCCUCACAUUGUAAUAGGUCAUUAAAGGACUUACCACUCCUUUGCAAACA